ACGGUCUCUUCGGUCCAUAAUGGGCCUAUUUUUGUCAUUUACUAUUCUCACUCUGUCACUACAGUCUACAGCUCAUCUUUCCAUUUCCUUAAUUCUCUCUCUAACUUUACUUUCUCAAAAUCUCACCGAUCCUUCCUUCCUCCUUCCUCCGGCGAAGAAGAUGGGGAAAAAACGUAACUGGAGCUGGAGCUCCGCUCUUGUCGGAGCGGCGUCGGCAGUUGCAGCCACGGCGAUCAUUUCCGCAAAGCCCAAGGACCCCACCUUCCACUUGAUCUCAAUUAAGUUCACUUCCUUCAAGCUCAAACCGCCGGUGGUGGACGCGGAGCUCAUCCUCACCGUCCACGUCACCAACCCCAACGUCGCUCCCAUCCACUACUCCUCCACCGCUAUGUCCAUUUUCUACGAGGGUUCCCUCCUCGGCUCGGCCCAGGUCGAUGCCGGUUCGCAGCAGCCCCGGUCGUGUCAGGUUCUACGUCUUCCAGCCCGGCUCGACGGCCUGAAACUGGCCCACCACGGCAGCCGGUUCAUCUCCGACGUGGCCAAGCGAGAGAUGGUUCUGGAUGCGAGUGUGGACAUUGGGGGUUUUGCGAAAGUGCUGUGGUGGAGUCACAAAUUCAAGGUCCACGUGGACAGCCAUCUCACCGUUGAUCCCGUCUUCCUUGAUGUCCUUGAUCAGGAAAACACUUCUCAACUUGAGCUCUUUCUUAAUUAAUAACUUUCUUAAUUCAUCUUUGCAUUUCCUAGUUAACUAUAUUUCCUUAAUGUUUUUGGUUAAUUGUAGGAUUAGCAUUUUGAGCAAAUGAAUGAAGAAUUAUCAAUUUUCUUCUAUUUUUAUUUAAACAUUUGGCUUUUGUGAAAUUAAAUACCAUUCAUUAUUUUCGUUUGUUUCUGCCUAA